AUGGCACCGAAUCUCCAACAUGUCCAAUUGCUUCCGCGGAUGUCGGCCAGGCCGCCCUUCACGGUUGAGGUGCCCGGCCAACAACCCGUCGAGGGCGAGACACCAGUCCGCAGACACCCGGCUGCCGUGGACGGGCUCGUUACUAAGCCCUCGGACGACGUCUCGACCGUCUAUGAACUAGUCAUUCAGAGCGCGGCCAAGUUUGGCAACGCUAAGUGCAUGGGCUCCCGCAAGCUCGUGCGGACCCAUCAGGAGAAGAAAACGAUCAAAAAGGUGGUCAACGGCCAAGAGACCGAGGUAGAGAAGUCAUGGACCUUCUUUGAGAUGAGCCCGUACGAGUACAUCACCUACACCGAGUACGAGCGCCUGAUUCUGCAACUCGGCUCCGCCCUGCGCAAGAUUGGUCUGGUUAAGGACGACCGCGUGCACAUCUACGCCGCCACAAGUCAGAACUGGCUAGCCAUGGCUCACAGUGCCUGCUCGCAGAGCAUGCCCAUCGUGACGGCCUACGACACGCUCGGCGAGGAGGGUCUGCGCUACUCAAUGGUGGCCACCGGAGCCAAGGCCAUCUUCUUGGACCCCCAUCUUCUUCCAACCCUGACCAAUGUCCUUGCCGUUGCCAAAGAGAUUCGCACUGUCAUCUGGAACAGUCAACACCAAGUUAACCAGGACCACAUUGACAAGCUCAAAGCCUCGUACCCUCACAUCAACAUCCUGAGCAUUGAGGAGCUGCGAAAAUUGGGCGAGGAGAAUCCCGCUGACCCGGUUCCGCCUUCCCCUCACGACCUCUGCUGCAUCAUGUAUACAUCUGGCUCUACGGGCACCCCCAAGGGCGUUCCCGUCACGCACGCAGCUGUUGUCGCAGCUGUUGCCGGCGCCAACGUCAUCAUGAACCCUUUCAUUGGGCCCGGCGACGGCCUCUUGGCGUACCUGCCUUUGGCCCACAUUCUCGAGUUCGUCUUUGAGCACGCUGCCAUCACUUGGGGCUGUACCCUGGGCUACGGCAAUCCCAAGACACUGUCGGACACGUCGGUGCGCAGUUGCAACGGUGAUAUUCGGGAAUUCAAGCCUAGCGUCCUGAUUGGCGUGCCCGCUGUGUGGGAGACGGUCAAGAAGGGCAUCAUCGGCAAGGUAAACGCCGGCAGCCCCGUCGUGCGGACUCUUUUCUGGGGCGCCCUCGCGCUCAAGGAAAGGCUAAUGGCCAAUGGCCUGCCUGGCAGUGGUGUUCUGGACGCCGUCGUCUUCAAGAAGAUCAAGGAGGCGACGGGUGGCCGCUUGAAACUGUGCCUCUCCGCCGGCGGCCCCGUCUCCAGAGACACACAAAAGUUCAUCAGCAUGGCCAUCUGCCCCAUGAUCAUUGGCUACGGGUUGACCGAAACGACAGCCAUGGGCACGGUGCAGCAUCCUUACGAGUGGGCUCUCGAAACAAUCGGCCCUGUAACUCCCGCAAUCGAGGCCAAGCUAGUCGACUUCCCGGAUGCCGGCUAUUUCGCCACCAACAAACCAUGUCCCCAAGGCGAGCUCUGGCUGCGCGGCCCCUCCGUGCUGACGGGCUACUACCAAAACGACAAGGAGACGGCCGAGGCGCUGACGGAGGACGGCUGGUUCAAGACUGGCGACAUUUGCGAGUGGGACAAGAACGGCCACCUCAAGAUCAUUGACCGUAAGAAGAACCUGGUCAAGACGCUCAACGGCGAGUACAUUGCCCUCGAGAAGCUCGAGUCCAUCUACCGGUCCGCUCCUGUCGUCGCGAAUAUUUGCGUGUAUGCCGAUGUUCAACGCUCCAAGCCCAUCGCCAUCAUUGUCCCCGCCGAGCCAGCGCUUAAGAAGCUGGCGGCGACGAUCGGCGUCCAGGGCGAGGUCCUCGAGCAGAUGGUGCAUGAUAAGAAGCUGCAGGCCGCUGUUCUGAGGGAGCUCCAGGCCGCGGGCCGUGCCGGUGGCUUGUCAGGGAUUGAAAUUAUCGAGGGCGUCGUGGUGGUGGAGGAUGAAUGGACGCCGCAGAAUGGCCUGGUUACGGCUGCGCAAAAGCUCAACCGCAAGGGUAUUCUCGAAAAGUACAAGAAGGAGGUCGCCGAGGCAUAUGGCUCGUCGAGCUAG